AUGGUAAAGAGGGAACUGAACCCAAAUGAUGCGAAAGCAGAUCCAUCCUUAACGAUACAGCAGUUGAUUUCCGUGGUAUUAUCAGCAUUGUAUAACAGCAUACUACAAUUCAGCGAAGCUGAUGAGUCUAAACCGGCAAAGUCUGAAUUCGAGGUGAUAAGCAACGUCAAUAAAUUAUGGUCUUCCCUUGGAAAAAGAGUUUUUGAGCUUCCUUACGCGGCAAAAUACUGCAACGAGAAUUUCUGCCGCUGGCUUUUGGAAAACGGUGCCAACCUAAACGCCAGGUGCGAAACAACUGGCGCAACCACUUUGCACUUUGCUGCCUUGAACCACAACUACGGAGUGGGCAUCGUUAGGUUCAUCUUAAGCCUCCAGUGUGGUUGUUUUGAGAGAGAUAACAAAGGGGAAACUCCGCUGCACUACGCCCUGAAAGCCAGGAAUGAUCCAGUCACCACCCUUUUAAUUAACAAAAUUAGAUGCACAGUACAGGAUUCACUCAAGGCGGGCAAUGAAGUCUUAAUUGAACACAUUACAGUAUUCUUGAAUGGGGUUGUAGAGGAUGGCAGGACUUUGCUCCACUUGGCAGCAGAAUUUGGCGACGUCGAAUUGUGCAAAUGGCUGAUGGUGAAAGGUCAGAAUCCUCAUGUCGGCAAUUGUGUUAAUUAUGCCACCGUCCUGCACUACGCUGCCAAGAACAAGGAGAGUGGACACGAAAUCAUCCGAUAUUUUUCCUCAGAGUUGAAUUAUCUGAAGGACGCAAUCGACGAUUUUGUAGAAACUCCGCUCCAUUACGCCCUGAAAGAGGAAAACCUGAAGGCUGUGGAAGCCCUAAUAGAAAUCGAGGCUUCCUUAGCGAUAAAGAAGGACGAUAAAAACUACCUCCACUAUUGCGUGAUGCUGAACAAACUAAAUAGUGCCAAAUUAGUGCACGAACUUAACAGCGAUCUGAUCAAAGAGACAUUAGAUGACGAGAUGGACGUGUUUGCAUUGGCUUCCAUGUUUUCUGAAAAUGAGGAAGUGAUCGACUGGCUGGCCAGCGUAAAACAAAAUCAGCCAUGA